UUUUAUUCAGUUGCCAAGCUGACUCGGUCUAGAGAGGAAGCCAGUGUUUGUGCCUCUCUCUUCUUUAAGGAUAUAUUAAAGUGUCUUGUUGUUUUUUUUCUUCGGUGCGUGUCGGCGGCCAAUCAGCAGCGAGCAGCACGUGCGCAUUCAGUUUAUCAUCAUAUCCUCUUCUUGGAAAUAAAAACAACAAGAAGAAGGAAACCGAAAGCUUCAGAAAUCCAGGCUUUCAUAAGGAAAAAGGAGAAAGAAGAUACUGUGCCACUUGACUCGCCGGAAGUGGGGGCUGGGUUGCCAAUAGGACAAAAAAGAUUUUUGGCAAAAAAGCAAAACAAAAAGAACACAAUGGGAGAAAUAGGGCAUUUGAUAUGAGCUGAUAGUUCCUGGAAACUCUCUUUCUCUCUCUCUCUUUGAUUUGAGGGAGGCAAAUGAGAGAAAAAAGAGAGAAAGAGAUGUGCGAGUGUAGUAAGCGGCACCUGCAGCGGAACGGCGGGCAAUUGACGGGCAAUAACAUCGUCCUCGGAGCAUCGGCAGAGCACGUCAAUGGCUACAUCAAGCACGUCAUGCGCCAUCACAAGGGUAGAGGAGGAGGUCACUGCCCACUAAUCAACCGUACCGCAACCACUCCCGUCCGCCACCAGGCCAGCAACAAAAUCAUGUCCGAAUUUCCGGUUGAAAGUCAAACGAUGAGCGGCAUCGGUUCCGACAUGACGGCCACAGCGGACGGCGCCUUGGCGAACGGGCUGAGUUCAAGCGGAAGCAGCACGACGACAGCAAGUGGACGUAGUUCGGCCGCGUCGCAGCAACCGCCGCAAGGCGACGUGGCGGCCAUGAUCGAGAAUUUCCAGCACAAGAAAAGUGGCGCUAGUAGCCACAGCACAGCAUCCAUGCUGAACCGGAUCAAUCACCAUCAGAGCAGUAAUAUUACAGUGCCCGGCACGGGUGCCACCGCAUCGAUGGUUGUCACCUCCGGCUCGCCCGGCACCACCCUCAUCAUUGGCAACACGAAUCCGACGCAACAGCAAGUCGUUUCGUCCACAUCGUCGUCCACCAGCAGUUCACGUGUCAAACGCUCUUCUCAGGUGAUGCAUCAUUCAAUGUCGUCGAGCGAGAUUUCGUCCAGCAACAAGCACAGCAGUCAGCUGCAGUCGUCCAGCUCGAAAAUGAGCACGCAAGAGUUGACAUCGAAUUUGUCUGAACUCAAAUCCAGCAUGUCCGAAAUGAAAUCCAGUUUGUCCUCACACCUGGUGGCCGCUGCCAACGCCGCCGCUCAAUCGUCUGCUAAAUUUCCAUCCGCCGGACUCCUUCAAGGGUCACUUGAAGGAUUGAACAUGGUUAAUGCCGAUGGAACAGAUUUAGCCAUCGUCGAUGUGGAUCACGACUUUGGUGUAGUAGCCAAUCCGGCUGGCUGUUUGGCUACCCUCAACAACAAUAACAUUAACAGUUCGAAUUCCGCUGGAAAUGGCGGCAAAUCAUCCGAAAUGAAAUUCGAACAGACUCGAGUUGCGUCGGCCACGUCGACGAAAAUCACGCACGGCGAUGGUUACAGCAGCGAAGAAGCCACGGCCAACGCCUCGCACAGCCGACGCUUGCAAGCCGACGGCCUUCAUUACGAAGAGUCGGGCCAAGCCGCCGCAAUGAAAGCAAGGCUCGAAAUGGAUGGUGUCACUGCCGAGAAAGCCGCCGCAGUUAAACAGGAACAGAGAUCGUUAAAGGCCGGCGACAUGUCGCAACAGGAAAGUAGGACGACAGCAGCUGCCAGCAUGAAACUUACAACAGACAAUUUCAGUGCCGAAAAGGUUGCCAUGGCCACUCAGCAGCAGAAGCAAACGGUUACUUCAUCCGGUCGCUUCAAUCAAGAACGCCACGCUGCGGCUUCAUCUCAGUCUAAAUUAACCAUUAACGCCAAAUCCGUCCGUAAGGAAUUGUCCGUCGUUUCGUCAUCUCAGAUGAACGGAACGUUGGUCUCGUUGGAAGAUGCUGAUCUUAUGUCAUCGCUGCCUUCGCUGGACGAUUUGGACAUUUUGGAUUCGUCUUCCGAUUUGGCUGACGUCGAACAAGCCAAGGCCAAAUAUACGGGCGUCAUGUCGAGUUGUGUAGAGCGGCUCAAGGAAAUGGCCUCACGCAGCAAGCAGAGCCACAUGAUGCCUUGCUAUCUUGACCGGGUCAGCCAAAUGGUUGGCAAAGCUUGGGCCGUUCCAGCGCCGCACGGUCAAUCACUCGCCUCUUCCCUGUGCGACGUCUUGCGCGAUAACGGCGGACUCGACGUUCUCAUUAACAACUGCGUGGCAGACGACAGCAAUCUCCAACUGUCCAGCGCUCGCCUCCUGGAACAGUGUCUCACGCAAGAGAACCGAGAAUACGUCGUCGAAUGCGGACUCGAUAAGGUAGUGUCAGUGGCGUGCGGCUGUACAGAGCCGUCGGCCCAGGUGGACCAAUCGAGAGUCGGCACAGGCUUACUGGAACACCUGUUCCAGCACAACGACGUGACGUGCAGUGAAGUGGUGAAGCUUGGCGGUUUAGAUGCUGUGGUGCGAGAAUGUCGCCGAUCGGACGUGGAAAUCCUGCGACACUGCGCCGGUGCCCUGGCCAACUUGUCUUUGUACGGUGGCGCCGAGAACCAGGAAGCCAUGAUCAAACGUCAAGUGCCCAUGUGGCUCUUUCCACUGGCCUUCCACACGGACGAUAACAUUAAAUAUUACGCCUGUCUAGCCAUCGCUGUUUUGGUGGCCAAUAAGGAAAUCGAAGCGGCCGUUCUGCAGUCAGUGACUUUGAAUCUGGUGGAACCUUUUGUCUCGACCCAUAACCCGUACGAAUUCGCCAAUACGGUGGCAGCUACAUGGCAGCACCACGCCCGACGAGGGCUGGGGCAGUCGAAAAACUGGCUCAGGCGGUUGGUGCCUGUUUUGAACUCUAAGCGCGAAGAAGCUCGCAAUUUGGCCGCCUUUCAUUUUUGUAUGGAAGCCGGAAUCAUCCAGAAGAGUCAGGGAAGUACGGACAUUUUCAGCGAAAUCGGUGCCAUCGAUCCGCUUAAAUCCGUCGCUUCGUCACCGAACGCCAUCGCGUCCAAGUAUGCGGCCCAGACGCUGCGUCUUAUCGGCGAGGAAGUGCCGCACAAAUUGAGUCAGCAGGUGCCCCUGUGGUCCAACGAAGACGUGCGCGAAUGGGUCCGCCAAAUUGGAUUUGACGGCCACUGCGAAAGCUUCGCCGACGUCUGUAAAGUCGAUGGAGAUCUUUUGCUGCAGCUGACGGAAGAGAUGCUCCGAGACGACAUCGGAAUGCGCAAUGCCAUACUGAGAAAGCGUUUUAUGCGAGAGCUUGCCAUUCUUAAAAAGAUGGCGGAUUACAGCAGCUGUGACAAAUCGAGUCUGAACGAUUUCUUGCAGUCAUUAGAUCCGGCAUUUUGCGCUUAUACUUACUCGAUGCUCAACUCAGGCGUGGACAAAAAGAGUCUCCGUCUCUUGUCUGAAGAGCAACUGGAGACGGAAUGUGGCAUUACCAAUUCGAUCCAUCGGCAGCGCAUCUUUGACGCUAUCCGGUGCGAGAACGGUAUCUACGACUACCUUGAUAACAAGCCACUCGAUGCUUUUAUCAGUUACCGGCGAUCCACCGGAUCCCAAUUGGCCAGUCUACUUAAAGUCCAUCUUCAGUUGAGGAAUUUUACCGUCUUCAUCGAUGUCGAGCGGCUGGAAGCGGGCAAAUUCGACAAUAAUCUAUUACAGUCCAUCAGCCAAGCCAAGUAUUUCCUAUUGGUGCUGACGCCAAACGCGCUGGAUCGCUGCCUGGGCGACGAUGAACGCAAGGAUUGGGUCCAUCGAGAAAUUGUUGCUGCCCUAGAAUCGAACUGUAAAAUCAUCCCCAUUAUUGACAACUUUCAAUGGCCGUUGCCAGAAGAUCUGCCUGAAGACAUGCGAGCUGUUUGCUACUUUAACGGCGUCCGAUGGGUCCAUGACUACCAGGAUGCUUGUGUGGAUAAGUUAGACAAAUUCAUGCGAGGCGAUGCUUAUGGUAAAGGAGGAGAUCACAUCCACGGCCGGCGACCCCAGGACGGAAUGCUGACUCCGUCGUACACUCCGGGUUCGGCGUCGAUUCUGCAACCUGGCGCCGGUUUGUUGAAUCGCAAUUGCAAUAAUGGCAACGGGGUCCAGCCCAUGCCCCCCACAUACCAAAGGCAAGGAAGCAAUGAAAGCGGCAAAGGCUCUUAUUCGUCCGACAAAGAAAUGGGCGGCGUCGGGACUAAUGGAUUCUGCAAUGGUGUCGGUGGCGGAGGUGGCGGAGGAGCUAUAUCGGUAGCUAAUCCGGUAGCUCUUCACAGAAGCCAUCUUCGAGCUGUUUCUCCUAUUUGUGCUCAACGUAGUCCCAGUCCAAGUCGAUCACCUCUUCAACAGCAACAACAGCAGCACGGUCCCGGUCAAUGGCAGAAGCGUUUAUUAUUAAGGGGCUCAGCCGGGGAGCGAGCGGCCAGUCCAUCUCGUUCCAUUUCUCCUCGUCCCAUUCCCAUUAGUCCACUUGUCCAGCGUCGAAUCUCGGCGGGUCAACAUUUGCCGGCACCGUUCUUCAAUCACGCUCGCAAUGGAUGGGUGACGCCCAUUGGUUCACUACCAGCGGGUGAACUACCGAGGUCUCGUAGCCUGGACACUGGUCUGUUCCAAGACGCCCAGCUGGAUCACAGCCCCAAUCAUCCGCCGCAAAUCAACGAGGUGGUCAUUCCUGAUACUAGUGACUCUGAAGAGCACGACGAUGUGAUUGAAUCACCGCCUGUACGAACCGAGCCACCACCCGUUCGACCCAACACGUUAUUUAUGAAGUCACCAUCUCCCCCCGUAGUCGUUGUCCAGCAACCCAGUCCGACGACUGAGCGUCCUAGCCGUAGGGAUCGUGCAUCAGUGGACAGAACCAAAUUUAAAGCGGCUCAGAUUAUUGGAGCGGCCAUCAACCAGGCGGCUGGAACGCGUAAACCUCCUCGGCGGUCAACAACGGGAGAUGAUGAAUCCACGGAGCCUACCACACCUACCGGAUCUGCCAAAUUCGUUGAUCGUUGCGUCAAUAAAAUGAAAACUUUGAUCAAUAAAAGUGUCAAGAAAGAUAAUGCCAUCCUGAAUGAACAGUUGGUAGCAUAUGAAAAUGCUGCACAGUUCAACAGAGAAAUAGAACCAAUGGUUUCUUGUGGUCUGAUUAACAUGCUCAAUCCACUGAACAUCCUUCAUUUGUUUGAACAAAUUCCUGAUGAAGAUAUUCAAUUCCUCUUGAUGAAUCCUGAGCAAGGUCAUCCCAAGGAUAUGAUCCUGACCCGCGUGCCCGUCCCGCCAGUUUGCAUCCGACCUUCUGUGGUGUCAGAUUUAAAGUCAGGAACAAAUGAAGAUGACUUGACAAUGAAACUGACGGAAAUUGUUUUCUUGAACGACGUGAUAGUUAAGCACCGUCUCAUGGGUGCUAAAAGUCAAAUGAUACUCGAAGAUUGGGAUUUUUUGCAGUUGCAAUGCGCCCUUUAUAUUAACAGUGAAUUAUCCGGCAUCCCACUAAACAUGCAGCCAAAAAAGGCAUCUCGUGGUAUCGUUCAACGCCUUAAAGGCAAACAGGGACGUUUUCGUGGAAAUCUUUCAGGAAAACGUGUCGAUUUCUCGGGUAGAACGGUUAUUUCACCCGAUCCAAAUUUGCGGAUCGACCAAGUUGGCGUUCCAGAAUUGGUUGCCAAGAUUUUGACUUUCCCUACUCGCGUGAACGAAGCAAAUAUUGAGCUCAUGAGGAAGCUAGUCAGAAAUGGAGCAGACGUUUAUCCCGGCGCCAAUUAUCUUCAAGAGAAAGACUCAGAUUUUAAAAAAUUUCUUAAGUAUGGAAACCGCGACAGUAUAGCCCGCAAUCUGAAGUUAGGGGAUUUGAUUGAAAGGCAUAUGAUGGAUGAAGAUAUAGUCUUAUUCAAUCGCCAACCAUCUCUGCACAAGCUAUCUAUUAUGUGCCACAGGGCAAAGGUUUUACCUCAUCGUACUUUCCGCUUUAAUGAAUGCGUCUGUACGCCCUACAAUGCAGAUUUUGAUGGAGAUGAGAUGAAUCUCCAUCUUCCCCAAACAGAAGAAGCCCGAGCUGAAGCCUGGAUUCUAAUGGGAAAUAAGUACAAUUUAGUGACUCCGCGCAACGGCGAAUUGCUAAUAGCAGCCAUUCAGGAUUUCAUCACUGGGGCGUACCUACUGACUUUAAAGGAUGCGUUCUUUGAUCGAGCCAAAACCUGUCAAAUGGUUGCAUCAAUGCUUGCAGCUGAUGAGGUGAAUAUGGUCAUCAAACUUCCGCCUCCAUGUAUUCAAAAACCCGCAGCCCUUUGGUCAGGAAAACAGAUUUUUAGUCUUAUUCUUCGACCCAACCCUGGAAAUCGCAUUAAGGUCAACUUGAGAACCAAGGGAAAAGAAUACUCGAAAAAAAAUGAGGAGUUUUGUAUCAACGACGGAUUCCUUUUGGUUCGGAAUUCCGAGGUGCUUGCCGGUUGUGUCGAUAAAUCUACAAUUGGCUCCGGUUCAAAAAUAAAUAUAUUUUACGUGUUACUGCGUGACUACGGAGAGGAUUUCGCCAUCCAGGCUAUGUGGAAACUCUGCCGUGUAGCCUCAUAUUACAUGAUGAACCGAGGAUUUUCCAUCGGCAUUGGAGAUGUUACACCUGGAAAAACUUUGCUGAAAGAAAAACAAAUACUUUUGGACAGUGGUUACGCCAAGUGCGACGAAUACAUUCGUCUUCUCACCAUAGGUCAACUGCCUUGCCUUCCCGGUUGCAAUGAAGAAGAGUCAUUAGAAUCAAAAAUAUUAAAAGAACUUUCCGGAAUUCGUGACCAGGCCGGAGAGGUUUGCAAAAAAGAGCUGCAUCCAAGUAACAGCCCGUUAGUCAUGUCCAAAAGCGGGUCCAAAGGAUCGUACAUUAAUAUAUCCCAAAUGAUUGCCUGUGUCGGCCAGCAAGCCUUGAAUGGCAAACGAGUUCCUAAUGGUUUUGAAGAUCGUAGUUUGCCCCACUUUAAGAGGCAUUCCAAAAUCCCCGCUGCCAAAGGAUUUGUUUCAAACAGUUUCUAUUCGGGACUAACGCCUACAGAAUUCUUUUUCCACACAAUGGGUGGACGUGAGGGUCUGGUGGAUACUGCCGUAAAGACUGCCGAAACUGGGUACAUGCAACGACGACUUGUAAAGUCAUUGGAAGAUCUUUGUUGCCAAUAUGAUUCAACGGUAAGAAAUUCUACCGGUGAGAUCAUUCAGUUUGUUUAUGGAGGCGAUGGUUUAGAUCCCACCUACAUGGAAGCCAAAGAUCGGCCUGUGGAUUUUCAAAGAGCACUUGAUCACAUCAAAGCAGCCUCUCCUUAUGCCGAUGAAGAUCCGUUAGAUCACAUUGAAUCACAACAAGCUUUUAAUACAAUUAUGGAGACGGAGGCCUUCAAAUCCCUUGGGGUCGACUUCAAACAUGAACUCAGAAUUUUUGUGGAGGAUCAAGUCAAACGUAUCCGUAAGAUACGGGAGCGUUAUAAGAUGGAAGGUCGGCCACUGUUAACUGUAGAAAAACAAUUGGAGCGCAUAACCGUUGGUCAACUAGUAGAGUUCUGCGAAUUUUCCAAAGAGAAGUAUCAUCGUGCUAAAAUCGAACCGGGAACGGCUGUCGGAGCCCUUUGCGCGCAAAGCAUUGGCGAACCGGGCACUCAAAUGACACUAAAGACUUUUCACUUCGCUGGUGUGGCAUCGAUGAACAUCACACAGGGAGUUCCUAGGAUUAAGGAAAUCAUCAAUGCCUCAAAGGCCAUCAGUACACCUGUUAUCUCCACCCAGCUCCUAAUUGAUAACGACCCGGAAUAUGCACGACGAGUAAAAGGAAGGAUAGAAAAAACUAUGCUCGGAGAAGUGACGGAAUAUUUCGAAGAAGUAUAUCUGCCUGAUGACUGUUUCAUGUUGAUUAAAUUAGACAUGAACCGAAUCCGGUUGCUUAAACUAGAGGUGGAUGCAAAUUCUAUCCAGUGGAGCCUCUGUACAUGUAAACUGAAAAUAAAACCAGCUUUCAUCAAAGUCAUUAGUGAAACAAUAGUCAUUGUCAAGCCCGCUCCUUCUGCAAAAUCGUCAAUGUAUCAUGUGAUGCAGUUCCUCAAAGAACAAUUGCCUAGGGUCGUCAUAAAGGGUUUGCCAACUGUUAGCCGAGCUGUCAUCAACAUCGACGAUACAAGAAAACCGCCUAGGUAUUAUUUGCUUGUAGAGGGUGACAAUAUGCGCGAAGUGAUGGCGACCUACGGCGUUCGAGGAACUUCAACUACCUCUAACAAUAUCCUGGAAGUCUUUAGCACUUUAGGAAUAGAAGCUGCCAAGGCAACAAUUGCCAAAGAAAUCCAGUAUACAAUGGAAAGUCAUGGCAUGAGUGUCGAUCGUCGUCAUGUCGCCUUGUUAUCCGAUCUGAUGAGUUGUCGUGGUGAAAUCUUGGGCAUCACCAGAAAUGGUUUGGCUAAAAUGAAGGAGUCCGUUUUGAUGUUAGCGUCGUUUGAGAGAACUUCCGACCAUCUAUUCGAUGCAUCUUAUUAUGGCCAAGAGGACGAGAUCACUGGCGUAAGCGAGUGCAUCAUUAUGGGAAUACCAAUGUCAAUUGGAACUGGAGCUUUCAAGUUACUGCAUAAAACGGGGAAUACCAUUCCACCAAAACCAAGGCAACUUAUUUUUGAUGUACCAAAAUAUCACGUACCAAUGGUAUAAAUGAUAAAGUUAACAAUAAUAGAAUCUCAGUAUUAAGUUUAACGACGAACUGUUGAAUUUUGAAUUAAACUUGGUUUUCUUAGUUCA